AUGACGGCGCCUGGCUUUUUUGCUUCGCGCGCGGCUAAGCUGAUCCCCGGGCAACAAGGAUCGUUCAAUGCGACUAACGGCAGUAAGCCGUUGUUUCAAACGUUAAAUAUACAGAAACAACUAACAAUCUGUAGCGCCAACCAACGACCCGAGAUGCACCUUUCCAUGCUGGCUGUCACUUUGCAAAACCAAAAUACGAGAACCCAUAAUUCCACCGACUAUCCUGCCGUUCCAAACUCAACCGAACAUGGCACCCCAACAUGCGUACUGGAAUGCUGUGAUCCCCAGGACAAAAAGGACCUGAACAUGACUAACACAGAUGCAAGUGCAGCUUACCUGCCGGAUUCAAUGCUCGUGACGUUGUCGUGA